AUGGUGAUGGAGCGGCUGGCGGACUUCGUGAGCAAGUCGUUGGAGGGCGGCGAGGCGCCGGCGCCGCCGCCGGAGCCCGGAGAGGACGAGGCGGACGAAGAGGUGGACAUAACCGCGCUCGAGGACCGCCCGCCGCCGGCGAAGAAGCCCCGCAACUGGCUGCUGUCGCCUGAACCCGCGCAUUGCAAGAAGGAAGCCGACGAUGAUGAUGAUAAGCACGAGAGUGGUGACAAGUCUUCAAACGGCGUGGCAAGCAACGGCAGCGGCAAGCAGCGGAGAUCACGCACCAACUUCACGCUAGAACAGCUAGGGGAGUUGGAGAGACUGUUCGAUGAGACCCACUACCCUGACGCCUUCAUGAGGGAAGAGCUCAGUCAACGGCUGGGCCUCAGCGAGGCCAGGGUUCAGGUCUGGUUCCAGAAUAGACGUGCCAAGUGUCGUAAACACGAGAGCCAAAUGCAUAAAGGUCUGUUGGUCGGCGGGGGCGGCACCCCCCUGGAGCCGUGCCGCGUGGCGCCGUAUGUGUCGGUGCCGCGGCUGUCGGCCGUGCCGGGGCCUCGCGCGCCGCCGCCGCUGCCGCCGCCGCUGCCACACGCGCCGCAGCCGCCCGCGGCCUUCGCGCCCUUCGACUCCGCUUUGCUCUCUGCUGCCGCACAUCAGUACGCAAGCGCAGCAGCGGCGGCGGCGGCAGCGCUAUGCCCCCCGUAUGCGGGGCUGGCGGCGCUGGCGGCGAGGUGCCGGUCGUCCUCCAUAGCGGACUUGCGGCUGAAGGCAAGGCGACACGCGGCCGCCCUUGCCGCCGCGCGCGCAGCCUCUCCACCACCAGCGCCUGCGCCCGCCUCCGCGCCCGCUGACACUUAG